AUGGAAAGGCUGGUGCCAGCCAGAGCAGGGAACAGCACGGCUGUCCAGUUCACGCUGGAGGGCUUCCCUGCUGUCCAGCACCUGGGCAAGGUCCUCUUCCUGCUGCACCUCCUGGCCUACCUGGCCUCUGUCACAGGAAACUCCCUCAUCAUCACCAUCACCUGGGCUGACCGGCACCUCCACACACCUAUGUACUUCUUCCUCAGCACUUUCUCCUUCUGUGAAUGUGGUUUCAUCACCUCGGUUAUCCCUAAACUCCUGACCAUCUUUAUGUCAGGGAGGCAAAUGAUUUCCUUUGCUGCCUGCUUCACACAAGCAUUUGUUUUUCUUUUCUUGGGUGCAACUAUUUUCUUCCUGAUGGCUGUGCUGUCCCUGGAUAGGUACCUGGCCAUCUGCAAACCUCUGCACUACCACAUCAUCAUGAACCCGAGGGUGUGUUUCCUGCUGGUCACUGCCUGCUUCUCUUUGGGAUUCUUGCUCAUGGUGGUUCCCAUUAUAAAGCUGUCCCAGUUGUCCUUCUGUGGCUCCAAUGUCAUCCCUCACUUCUUCUGUGAUUUUGGACCCUUGACAAAUCUCUCCUGUUCUGAAACCAGAUCUACUCAAAUGUUGUUCUUCAUCCUUGCUUUCUUUGUUCUUUUUACUUCCCUCUUUGUAACCAUCGUCGCCUACAGCAACAUAGUGGUCACAAUCAUGCGCCUCCCAUCAGCCAAGGAGAGGCAGAAAGCCUUCUCUACCUGCUCCUCUCACCUCGCUGUCCUCUCUCUGAUGUAUAGCAGCUGCAUCUUCAUCUACAUGAAGCCAAAGCAAAUGAGCAGACUGGACUCCAAUCGAGAGGCUGCUCUGGUGAACACGGUGGUGACCCCGCUGCUGAACCCUGUCAUCUACACCCUGCGCAAUAAGCAGUUCCACCAGGCACUGAGGGAUGCUCUUUCCAGAGUGAAGUUGCAGAAAUAG